GGCUUUUGGAAGACGAUGUCUGGACGUGCAAAGCAGGGCGGGAAGGCUCGCGCCAAGGCGAAGUCCCGUUCUUUCAGGGCCGGCCUGCAGUUCCCCGUGGGUCGUGUCCAUAGGCUCCUUCGCCAAGGGAACUAUGCCGAGCGCAUCGGGGCUGGCACACCAGUGUACCUGGCGGCCGUGCUGGAGUACCUGACGGCCGAGAUCCUGGAGCUGGCUGGCAACGCGGCCCGCGACAACAAGAAGACGCGCAUCAUCCCGCGCCACCUGCAGCUGGCCAUCCGCAACGACGAGGAGCUCAACAAGCUGCUGGGCCGCGUCACCAUCGCGCAGGGCGGCGUCCUGCCCAACAUCCAGGCGGUGCUGCUGCCCAAGAAGACCGAGAGCCACCACAAGGCCCAGAGCAAGUGACUCCCAGAACAAGGGACUGUGCUCAAUAGUUUGAAACAAACGGCUCUUUUCAGAGCCACCUUCAUUUUCUGAAAAGGCUGUACACGAGUGAUGUUUUCCUCUUGAACAGGUAUAAUCCUGGGCAGUCAAAAUUUCAGAUUUUUACAUUACGGAAAACAACUCGACAUGUAAUUUGAACCAGUGGUUAUGUUUUAUUAACUCAUGACAGUGUGUAGGACCUUCCUUGGGAAAGUUACAGGACCUGUGGAUAUAAUAAUAUUGCAGUGAGUUAUGGAGUAAAACAGCCACUGAAUUAGAAGCAGGCCACUAAUUCAGCACCCUCCUACCUAAAAGUAGUUGAGAAUGACCAGGUUCUACAACUUUACAAAAGCGUCUUAGAAAACUGCCAUUACGGAUAAAAAGUCAUCACAAAGUGAGCUAGAAUGUUGGUCAAAGAAGUGAGACAUUUGGAAUGCUGUGAAUUAGCCCUCUCAGUUUUAACGUCAGGAGACACAGCCUAUCAAAGUAUUUGCACGUGUGCUAUGUCACUAUGAACAUUGAGUAGCUAGAGGCCAGGUGUGGGGUUCGAUCCCUUACUGGAGCGACUGGCCAUUGGGGGCCGCCAUGAAAGUACUAGAAACCAAACUCAGAUCCUCUACAAGAGCAGCAAAUGCUUUUCACAGCUGUGUCACCUGUCCAGCCCAAUUGUCAUAAUUUUUUUAAAUCCAGGAAUGGGCAUUUUUAAACUUUUGACUGGGAAAUAGAGCCAUCUGGUUUGUUCAUUUUGUAAAACGAAAGAAACUGGGAUACACAGUAAGGCUUGUCACAUCCUCAUCCGCUGACCUGUUCAGUGUGUAGAGGUUCUAUGUGGCGUCUCAUUUCCUUGUAAGUGCUCUCGUAUACCUCUGUCCACCAGGGAAGGAUGGGGACUGAACUGUGGUGUCAGGAAGCCUCCCACAUCCCAGAGAGAUAGCUUGACCCUCCUCCUCAGUUCUUAUCUGGUCACGUACCCAGACAAGACUAUGCCAUAGGUCUAGUCACCCCAAUACCAUUGGCUGAAUAGAUCGACACCUCCCACCUCUGUGGGCAUCCACACUCCUGUGUGAUAGAGUGCCUCAGCAGCUAAACAAGAUUCCUGUGAGAUUACAGAUGACCUUGAUCAGUCAUUAUUGGUCAUCCCAGAAGGAAAAUUUGCAGAUAGCUUGUCUCCCAAAAUAAUCUGUCUUGCUUGAAGCAUACAAUUCAAGAAAAGAGAGAGUAUGAAAUUGCACAUAGUCCCCUAUGGCUGCAACAAUUUCCUCAUUUGCAAACCCCUCAUCUCACCCCUAUAAAGGAUUGGAGCCACGUUUCUCCCCCUGGCAGACCCCUCAGUUUCCUCCCGAGAGAGGCUGCCCCUCACUGUGCGUGCUAACAAACACCGACUUGUUUGCUGAAGGUCAGACCCUAGUCUCUGUUCUCUGUAUCUUUAUGCUGCCUCAGAAAUGUUACAAUGUGGGCUCACACAAAUCAAAAAUGAUAAACAUAAAUCUAAAAAGUUUAACUCUUUUAUUCUAAA